AGAUACGAACGCCACACCUUCCGCGCAUGCGCAUUUGCCUCAUGCAAUGCUGACGGACUAAUCGUGGCCAACGCGCCGUUCCUAUUGGAAACUGGAGUUAUGUACGCGAAACGCGCGCUAGGACAUCGUAUAUAGAGACUACACGCGAUAUGUAAGAUACACACGCACACUUGUAUUAUGAUAGUUGAAGACGGUUACAUAUCGCAGACGAUGUUUCCCUCUGUUUGGUCUGGUCAGGUGACAGGGGUCUUGCGUGCUCCUAUAGCAACCAUGUCACACAGUGCAGUCCGCCAUCAGGCAAGCACCCGAUUGCCCGGGGCGCUUAACAGCCAGCCGCGCCACACGAUGGCUGUCUGUCAAGACCGAUUUCCGCCGCAGAAUCCCUACCCCGGCUUCUCGACGCCGCCGUUCCCGUUCUCCGCCUUCUAUCACGCGAAUCCGUACCUCGCGAUGAAGCCACCGGCGCCCGCAUUCAGCGGUUCCGAGCUCAGUCCGGCCAGCUCGACGACAAGCGGCAGCACGGCGGGGGCUCCUCCUCCAUCACGCCUCACGCCCCGUCGCGACGUCCGCGAGAAGAGGGAGAUCGCCGACGGCAUCCUAGGAUCGCCGACGGCAGCAGCAGCAAGAUACGCGGGCGACGGAGGCAGGCAGUCGUUCGCGUUCUCCCGACAGGAGCUGGACGUCGUGCUGUACGGGUACACGAAGGCGGAGGCGUCGCACGGUGGCCAUGCUGUGUCCUGCGUCCGGAUUGAUGAUAAUUCUAGGAUGGAGACCAAAAGACAUUGCCGACCGUCUCUAUCCGUCGUUGAUCCACUGAAGAUUGAUGUACCUAAAGGCGUGGCCAUCGUUCCAACGUACGUAGGCGACCAUGUCCAUCACGGCGUGUUCUGCGACGCGACGUGUCUGCCGAAGGGAACGCGAUUCGGGCCGUUCAUGGGCAAAACUGUGAACAUGAGCGAGAUAAAGACGUACGACGACAACACGCACAUGUGGGAGAUCUUCCUCGGGGGUCAAUUGAGUCACUUUGUCGACGGGAGAGGUCCGACGGCCAACUGGUUGAGUUACGUCAACAACGCCCGUUUUGCGCAAGAGCAAAACCUCAUCGCUGUACAAGAGAACAGCGAGAUAUACUACGAAGCAUGCAAGGAGAUUUCCAAAGGCAAAGAGUUGUUAGUGUGGUAUGGCGACUCGUACAUGCAGUUCCUUGGAAUUCCAGUCGCACUGAAAGACGCAGGCGGGGCAUCAGUGGGCAAUGUCGACAGCGGCGAACAUCAUAAAGGCUACCCGUGUGAGCGAUGUGGGAAGGUGUUCGCUUAUGACUACUACAGAGAUAAACACUUAAAGUAUACUCGAUGUGUAGACCAGGGCGAUAGAAAGUUCCCCUGCCACCUAUGCAGCCGGUCGUUCGAGAAGAGAGACCGUCUCCGAAUCCAUGUUUUACACGUGCACGAGAAGCAUCGGCCGCACAAGUGCACCGCAUGCGACAAGAGCUUCUCGCAGUCAUCGAGUCUGAACAAACACAUGCGCGUGCACAGCGGAGAGCGUCCCUAUAAGUGCGUCUACUGCAGUAAGGCGUUCACAGCAUCCAGUAUUCUGCGCACGCACAUUCGCCAGCACAGUGGCGAAAAGCCGUUUAAGUGCAAGUACUGUGGCAAGUCUUUCGCCUCUCACGCCGCGCAUGACAGUCACGUGAGAAGAACUCACGGAAAGGAGAAGUCGAGCGCGUGUCACGUGUGCGGACAGGUGUUUGCGCAGGCGUACGAACUCAAGUUCCACAUGAAGGUGCAUGCGAUGAGCGACAUGGAGAUAGACAGAGUCUAGCAGUGGAAGCGAUGUCUAUACACGAUGUCUAUACACGAUGCCCGUACGCUCCGCCUCGCGUCAGGCUAUUUAUUGUUGGCGAAUAAAAGAGGUGGUAGCGAUAGUAACAUGCUGCGACGUUCAGAAAUGUGCACAUGUUAUCGCGCAUAAAGCUGUUUGAUAACUAUAGGAAAAGCUUAUA